AUGAGACUGGAGGAUUUCAGAAUCAUGAAAGGUGAUGACGGCCUUGAGUUUGUUGAGUUUGCUGAAGGGCCAACGAAAACCAGACCUGGAGGUUUGAACGCAAAGCCGAGACAGUUUCAGCCCAAAAUGUUUCAGACCGGCGGAGAGAGAUGUCCAGUUGCGUUAUUCCGUCAGUACAUCAACCGUAGGCCUCGCAAUCUCAGGGCGAGUGGUCCAUUUUACCUCUCGAUAAAAUACAACAGCGGACCUAGCGGUGAAACUUGGUACAAAGUCCAGCCCAUGGGAGAAAAUAAAAUCAACUCCAUGAUGAAAAAUAUUAUCUCCCAAACCUCCCUUCAGUCAUCCGAGAAGCGGUUUAUCAAUCACAGUGCCCGCAAAACGCUCGUUAGCAAGAUGAAGAAAGCAAAUCUCGAGAGAUCGUCUAUUGCAAAAGUCACCGGUCACAGAAAUAUCCAGUCUUUAGAUGACUACGAUGAAGCGAACGAAGACGAACAGCGACAGCUUUCGUGGGCCAUUUCAAAGAGAAAUAGUACACCAACACCCGUGCCGAUGGCGAGUAGUUCAUCUGGUCCUUGUGCUUCAAAUGCAGUAAUUCCACACAUGAUGAGCUCUCAAACGCAGAAUCUGAUGAAUUCCAUCACUAACUGCAAUGUCACAUUCAACCUCAACAACAAGGCCUCGCCUGAUAAACCUCGCAAACGACGAUUUCAUUUCAUCGAAAGUGAUUCGGACACAGACUGA